AUGUUCAGACAGCUCACCAGACUCAAUCCCCUCGGUCCGACAGCGAGGCACACGCGCUUCCUCUCCCAGAGCGUCGCUACCCGCCAGCCCGCAUCACCACCAUCUGCUCCACCCGGCGCGUCGUCAGAAGUCACGUUUGUUCGCUACCCGUGGUUUUUGCGCCGAAACUCGCGCGGCUCCCUCCCUGUCUACACAGACAUACGCAACGGUGGCACCCGCUAUCUCGUCCUCAUCCGGCACGUCGAGGGCCAAGCCAACGCCCUGGCAGAGGAACUCAAACGGACAUUGUUCCAGCCCGGAACGCCGGAAGCGCAGCGGCUUCAGGUCUCCGUCGACCACUCCCAGCGGCACGUCGUGAUCAAGGGCGGCCAAUGGAAGAACGACGUGAUGCAAUGGCUCAAAGACCGAGGCUUCUGA